UGUGGGCGCAGUAAGGUGGUACACGGCACCACGGCUUCGUCUGUGGCGGGUGGCGCGCGGGGAGCCGAGUCUCCUUCGCAGGCCAACCAGGAAACCGUGGAUAACGCCACUCCCACCUGCUGGUGGGCGGCGUGGUCAGCCAUGGGUUGCUUCGGGUCACCGGGCGCCAAAAGCGGCGAGGACGAUGCCAAGUCGCAGAAGCGCCGCAGCGACGCGAUCACCCGCCAGCUGCAGAAAGACAAGCAGCUGUAUCGGGCAACCCAUCGCCUGCUGUUACUAGGCGCCGGCGAGUCCGGCAAGUCGACGAUUGUCAAGCAGAUGCGAAUUCUCCACGUCAACGGCUUCUCCGACAAGGAGCGGCGGGAAAAAAUAGAGGAUAUUAAAAAGAAUAUUCGUGAUGCUAUUCUUACGAUAACGGGUGCGAUGAGCACUCUGACACCACCCAUUCCGCUCGAAAAACCGGAAAAUAAGGCACGCGUUGAUUACAUACAGGAUGUAGCGUCCCAACCGGACUUCGACUACCCGCCGGAGUUCUACGAGCACACCGAGGAGCUUUGGAAGGACCAGGGCGUUCAGCGCACGUACGACCGCAGCAACGAGUACCAGCUCAUCGACUGUGCCAAGUAUUUCCUUGAUCAGGUGCACAUGAUAAAGCGCGCGGACUAUACCCCCACGGAACAGGACAUCCUGCGCUGCCGUGUACUCACCUCCGGGAUCUUUGAGACGCAGUUCGUCGUCGACAAAGUCAAUUUCCACAUGUUCGAUGUGGGCGGUCAGCGUGACGAGCGGCGUAAAUGGAUUCAGUGCUUCAAUGACGUCACGGCCAUUAUCUUCGUGACGGCGUGCUCCUCAUAUAACAUGGUGCUGCGAGAAGAUCCCACGCAGAACCGCCUCCGGGAGUCCCUUGACCUUUUCAAGAGCAUAUGGAACAAUAGAUGGUUACGCACGAUAUCCGUGAUCCUCUUCCUGAACAAGCAGGACCUGCUAGCAGAGAAGGUGCUAGCCGGCAAGUCGCGGCUGGAGGAGUACUUCGCGGAGUUCGCGCGUUACCAGACGCCGCCUGACGCAAGCCCCGACGCGCGAGACCACCCCGAGGUGGCGCGCGCCAAGUACUUCAUACGAGACGAGUUCCUUCGUAUAAGCACGGCGAGCGGAGACGGCAAACACUACUGCUACCCGCAUUUCACUUGCGCGGUCGACACAGAAAACAUCAAGCGGGUGUUCAACGAUUGUCGCGACAUUAUCCAACGCAUGCAUCUGCGCCAGUACGAGCUGCUCUAACGCGACACGAAACACGCCGCGACACACGCUGACACCG